GCAAUAGAUCAGAGCAUGGGAGAUUAGAAAGGAGUGAAGGGCUAAGAAGGGCUAAUAUGGGUGUGUAAGGGAUAGGAUGCAGUAACAACAUGGAGCAAGGCAGUGGGUGGGGAAGUGGGAUGUGAUUGGAGGAGAAAAGGCAGGUGUCUGGGCUCUCAACUCCAUCCUGUCCCUUUGGGACACCAGACUUUGCAGACAAGCCAGCUAGCUAAGUGGAGAUGUGUUAUAUCUGGCUUGACAACAUCCAAGCAUUGCUAUUGACGGCAGAUUUCUCUCAGACUAUGCAUUAGGACAGGCAGGGUAUCCCCAUCCCUGCCUCUCCCAGCACCCUGAACAGGUCUCUGCCUCUCCCCAUAGGCAAGGAUUUGGUACCUGGUGCUCAGAGAAAACUCUCCGCUAUAUCCUGCAGCUGGAUUUGUAGUCUGCCAGCUGCAUUUCAGUCCCGGAGAGACAGGUUUAGCUAGACCCAAGGACUGGUUUGUGUGAACCAUGUUGAACUAAGGGUGCAGGGAAAAGUGGAAGGAAGUGGCCGGAGUCUAUGUUUGUGGAAUACACUCUGAGAGAAAAGGCUGGAAUGGAUUAUUUGUUACCUCUCAGGUGUGAAAUGUGGGGGAAGUCUGGACCCAUGCCCCCAUCCUGUCCCAUCUUAUUGCAGGAGCAGUCUUCCCCGGGAAAGAGAAACCGUGGAAGUGGAGUCUGACGAGGAGUUCUCAGCUCACACAGGUGAUUCAGAGACAGGCAGCCCCGAGCGCAGGCUGGGCUGCCAGGGGACCCAGGAGCUGGACAGCUCGUCCCAGCAGUUGCUUGACCAGAAUGAGGCCGGUUCUCAGCAUGCACUGGAGCAGGACGACAGCACUUCGGCCACGAGCAAAGCUAUCGGGGCGCGAGGCGAAGAGCAAGGGAUCAGUAAAAUGCAGAGCCACCCUCCCCGACAGCACCAUGCACUGCGCAGUGAGGUGGAUAUGAGAUUCUGUCACUUCCUGUCCAGAAUUGUUAUAUGAAGCUGAUAAAUAGAAGCCAUGCCUCAACCCAGAGCUGGCUGUGCUUCAGUGCUGCAUGAGGGAUCCCUCUAUAAACAGCCCCACACAGAGACAGCUGCGUCUCAGUACUGGAUUGCACCAGACAAAAUGACGGGGAGCAAUCCUGUGUCACCGGCCUCUUCGGGGUCACCUGCCUCCAGCGGCAGCAUCUCCCCCCCACAUCUCACUCACGAUUCCUCCCUGGACAGUCACCUGGGCUUUGAUGUGCCCAGGCUGCAGAGCAAAGCUCUGGCGUCCCCGGGGGCUUAUGCCUCGGACCCAGCCAGCAUGUGGGACAAGACGCACGCUGAGAUCGCUGAGCAGGCCAAGCAUGAGGCAGAGAUUGAGAACCGCAUCUCAGAGAUGAAAAAGGAGGGUUUCUGGUCCUUAAAGAGGCUCUCCAAGGUGCCAGAGCCAGUUCGCCCCAAGGUGCACUGGGAUUACCUCUGUGAGGAGAUGCAGUGGCUUUCAGCAGACUUCGCCCAGGAGCGCCGUUGGAAGAGGGGUGUGGCCAGGAAGGUUGUGCGGAUGGUGAUCCGGCACCAUGAAGAGCAGAAGCAGAAGGAGGAGCGAGCUAAGCGGGAAGAGCAGGCCAAGCUGAGGCGCAUCGCCUCCUCCAUCGCCAAAGAGGUCAAGCAGUUCUGGAGCAAUGUGGAGAAGGUGGUGCAGUUCAAGCAGCAGUCUCGCCUGGAGGAAAAGAGAAAGAAGGCCUUGGACCUGCAGCUAGACUUCAUUGUGGGCCAAACAGAGAAGUACUCAGAUUUGCUGACUCAGAGCCUCAACGAGACUUUUCCCAUUGCCAGCAAGACUGGCUCCUCCUCCCACAUCAGUUCCUCCCACGCUGGCUCCACCGCGUCCAGCCCCCCGCCACCCACACACCUCACCGAUGAUGAAGGGCCCAAUCAGCUGCUGACUCCUAAGGGGAAAAGGCUCCAGAUCUCCCAGGGUUUCCCACUUGCUGUCACUGCCCCAGAUUCACCCUCGCUUCAACCUUCUGCAGAUGGGGACUUCCAGCCCCAUGAGGAGUCAGACGAUGAGGAGACGAUUGAGGUGGAGGAACAGCAGGAAGGGAACGACUCGGAGACACAUCGGCGUGAGAUAGAGCUGCUGAAGCAGGAGAGUGAGCUGCCCCUAGAGGAGCUGCUGCAGUCCCUGCCUGCCCAGAUCCUGGAGAAUUCCUGCAUCACUGCCCCCUCUACCUCCAGCUCCGAAAAUGAGGAGGAGGAAGAGGAGGCAGCGGGGGAGAGUGAGGAGGAGGUAGAGCAACAAUCGAAGAUGCAGGAGAAAGAAAAGUCUGUCAUACAGAGGAACAAAAGGCCGUGGAAGCCUGACAAGGAGGACGAGGAGUUCACAGCCAAUGAGGAGGAAGCCCCCUUUCUCUCAGCUGAGGAUGAAGAGGAGACAAUUGAUGCUGAAGAGAAGCUGGAAGGGGACAUGGAUCACAGGAACGAACUGGAUGAGUUGGCCCGGGAAGGGGAACUACCCAUGGAGGAGCUGCUGCAGAAAUAUGCUGGCGCCUACGCCUCGGACUUUGAGAUGGAUGAGUCGGACAGCUCCUCGGGUGCCUCGGAGCCCAGCACCUCGGAAUAUGAGGAAGAGUCUGAGGAUGAGGACCACAGCAGCCAGUCAGACUCCACCACAGAGGAGGAGAGCGAGGAGGUAGAGGAGGAGAGCCAGGAAGAGGAGGAGGAGGAUGCCACCACUGAGGAAGUGACGACAGCAAGCCGGGAGGAAGACUUUGGUGUGGAGUAUCUGCUGAAAAGGGACGAGGAUCGGGGAGAGGGGGGCAACGACGCAGCCCCUGCCCUGGGACCCAAGAAGGAGAUCACGGACAUUGCAGCCACUGCCGAGAGCCUUCAGCCCAAGGGCUACACCCUGGCCACCACCCAGGUGAAGACGCCUAUCCCUUACCUGCUGCGGGGGACCCUACGGGAGUAUCAACACAUCGGCCUGGACUGGCUGGUCACCAUGUACGAAAAGAAGCUCAACGGGAUCCUGGCGGACGAGAUGGGGCUGGGCAAGACCAUCCAGACCAUCUCCCUGCUGGCUCAUCUGGCCUGCGAGAAGGGUAGCUGGGGGCCCCACCAUACCAGCGUGAUGCUGAACUGGGAGAUGGAGAUCAAGCGCUGGUGCCCCAGUUUCAAGAUCCUCACCUACUAUGGGGCGCAGAAGGAGCGCAAGCUCAAGCGGCAGGGCUGGACCAAGCCCAACGCCUUCCACAUCUGCAUCACCUCGUACAAGCUAGUGCUGCAGGACCACCAGGCUUUCCGGCGCAAGAACUGGAAGUACCUGAUUCUGGAUGAGGCCCAGAACAUCAAGAACUUCAAAUCCCAGCGCUGGCAGUCGCUGCUCAACUUCAACAGUCAGAGGCGGCUGCUGCUGACGGGCACCCCCCUGCAGAACAGCCUGAUGGAGCUCUGGUCCCUCAUGCACUUCCUGAUGCCCCACGUCUUCCAGUCACAUCGCGAGUUCAAGGAGUGGUUCUCCAACCCACUGACAGGCAUGAUAGAGGGCAGCCAGGAGUACAAUGAGAGCCUGGUCAAGCGGCUGCACAAGGUGCUGCGGCCUUUCCUCCUGCGGAGGGUGAAGGUGGACGUGGAGAAGCAAAUGCCAAAGAAAUACGAGCACGUUAUCAAGUGCCGGCUGUCCAAGCGCCAGCGUUAUCUCUACGAUGACUUCAUGGCCCAGGCCACCACCAAGGAGACUCUGGCCACGGGGCAUUUCAUGAGUGUCAUUAACAUCCUGAUGCAGCUGCGGAAGGUGUGCAACCACCCCAACCUCUUCGACCCCCGUCCCAUCCACUCGCCUUUCAUCACCGAGGGCAUCUGUUUCAGCACCGCCUCCCUCGUUCUGGGCGCCCUCGAAAGGGACCCCUUUAAGCUCCAGACCCUGGACCUGUUGCUGCGACAGCUGAAGGCCGGUGCACACCGUGUCCUCAUCUUCACCCAGAUGACCCGUAUGCUGGACGUGCUGGAGCAGUUCCUCAACUACCAUGGGCACAUCUACCUGCGCCUGGAUGGUAGCACCCGUGUGGAACAGAGACAGGCGCUGAUGGAGCGUUUCAACGCCGACAAGCGCAUCUUCUGCUUCAUCCUAUCAACACGCAGUGGAGGUGUGGGGGUGAACCUGACGGGUGCUGACACGGUGGUGUUCUACGACAGCGACUGGAACCCCACCAUGGAUGCGCAGGCCCAGGACCGCUGCCACCGCAUCGGCCAGACCCGUGACGUUCACAUCUACAGGCUGAUCAGCGAGCGGACAGUAGAGGAGAACAUCCUGAAAAAGGCCAAUCAGAAGAGGAUGCUGGGAGACAUGGCCAUUGAGGGAGGAAACUUCACCACAGCUUACUUCAAACAGCAAACCAUCCGGGAGCUCUUUGACAUGCCCUUGGAUGAGCCGGCCAAGAAGGAUGGGGAGGUCCUCACCAUGGCACCAGAGGAUGAGGAGGAUCCCAUGGCUAACAAGCAGACCCAGAUCCUGGAGCAGGCGCUGUGCAAGGCCGAGGACCCUGAAGACAUCCGGGCGGCUACGCAGGCCAAGGCUGAGCAGGUGGCGGAGCUGGCCGAGUUCAACGAGAACAUUCCCUUAGAUGCCGAUGAGCGGCCCAGCAAGGAGGAAGAGGAGGAGAUGUCUAAGGCUGAGCAGGAGAUUGCCUCGCUCGUGGAGCAGCUCACCCCCAUCGAACGCUAUGCCAUGAACUUCCUGGAGGCCUCCUUGGAGGACAUCAGCCGAGAAGAGCUGAAGCAGGCAGAGGAGCAGGUGGAGGCCGCCCGGAAGGACAUAGACCAGGCCAAGGAUGAGGUGGUGUUCAAGCUGCCUGACGACGAGGAUGAGGGUAGGCUCAGUGAAGAAGGCUACAUGAAGAAGAGCAAGAAGGCCAGGGUGCCCAGCCGUGCAUGCCCAGAACGGGCUGGCACGCGCAUGAGUGAGCGACUGCGGGGCACUCGCCUCUCCCUGCGCGAGGCAGAUGGAGUGGACACCGAGUUGCCCCACGCCCGGCUCCCAAGCCUGCGCCACCUGCGGGGCCAGCAUGCCAGGCUGGAGUCUGAGGAGCCAGAAGAUCACCUGUCCCUGGUGGCCCAGCACACACGUGGCGCCGCCAUCCGCAGGGACCUGGUGCGGGAGGAGAUGCCGGCUCUAACCCGCAGGGCUGUGGCCAAGAGGGAGGACCCAGGGAAGGUUCCAGGAGCUGGUGAAAGGAUGCUGCGGCCCAUUCAUCACAGAACAGAGGCUCCCAUUGUUGGGGAGAGGGUACUUCGGGCCUCCCCACAGAGACCUGAACCCUCUGCCACCGGGGACAAGUUGUUGCGAGGCACCCAUCAGAGAGCUGAGCCCCUGGCCGCUAUAGAGCGGGUGCUCCGAGCCAUCCCUCACAGAGCAGAUGCCCCAGUACCUGGGGACAGGGUGCUACGAGGCACCCAGCAGAGAACAGAGUCUCUGGCUACCAUGGAGCGGGUGCUGCGGAGUGCGCCCCCAAGAACAGAUGUUCCAGCUCCAGGGGACAGAGUGCCCCGGCCAGCCUUCUUCAGGCCAGAGGUGGCACCUGCUAGAGAGCAGGACCUGACUCCCGAGACACCGAUCACUGGGGCGAAACUUCUCCAGCUGAGACCGGAGGUAGCACCUGCCAGAGAGUCCUCCCAGUCAACACUUCCAGCUACUGAGAUGGGGAUGGCCAUGGGAGUGCCAGCCCUGGUAGGGCAUGAGAGCACAGCAUCCACAGAGGAGCCGGCCUCGAAAAUGCUCCCCGCUGAACAUGUGCUGCAGAUGAAGCCACCACUCUUUGGGGAAGAGGUGCUGGGUUCAGUGGAGCUUGUGACUAGAGAGAAGAUGGGGAGCACAGAGCUGUCUUCUGCCUCAGAGAAAGUUCCUCUCCCAGCCCCCUGUGGACUGGAGAUCCCAGCCACUGACAAGCUGGUGCCAAGCCUGGAGACGCCAGCUUCUGGGGAGGAGACACCUGAAGAAGCCAAGGGAUCCCAGAGCAAAGCCAAGGUGGCCCAAGAGCUGGCCCAACACCCAGGGGAGCUGCAUAGUGUGGAUGUGAAGAGGGGGGAGCCAGUCAGGCAUGUCCCAGAGGAGCUGGAGAGCCCAGUGCCUGAUGGGCCUGUAGCAGAGCUCCCCCUGGAGAUGCCCACCCAUGGUGCUGCUAAGACAGGGAUCGAAUCGUCCACUGCUGAGUUUUUCUCCACCACAGAGGACAAAGUCCCAGGAGAGGCAGAGCCCCAGCCAGCCUGGCCUCUCAUGGGCCCCCUGAACCAGCCUGUGGAGGCUGCCAACUCCCUGCCUCGACUGAAAAUGCCUCCCCCCAGCAAAGAGCAGAAUGGGCUAGAGAGGCCUUCCCCUUUCUCAAAUAGCCUAAGCAAGGCCCAGCCCCAAGACCUGGCCCAGGACUCCACAGAGCCAGCAGAACUAAUCAGUGGUGGCAGCGGCACCCUGAAGGAGAUGCCCAAGAGGGGUCUGGGGGACCAGGAAGGCAAGCCCCAGCACCCAGAUGGAGUGAGUGCAGCCUCUCUGGAGCUGGGGGAAAUGCAGUCAGGGACAACCUCCUCUUCGGACAGCCCAUCGCCAGCAAAAACACCACGCCGGCGCACCAGUGCUGAUGUGGAGAUCCGGCAGAAUCACCAGGGCCAGGAUGGCCCAGCUGCCAAGGUCUUGCGCAAGCUGCCAGGCCGCCUGGUCACUGUAGUGGAGGAGAAAGAGCUGAUCCGGCGCCGGCGCAACCGCGUCCACAAAACAGAUGCCACUGGUAGCACUGUGGUGAGUCCCAGCAGCAGUUCCUCUCACAGCAUCUCAGAAAUGGAACUAUCCCCCUCUGGCAAGGAGCUGCCGCUGCUCCGUGACCUGCCCGCACGCCGCAGGAUUGAGCUGGAGAGUCGGGCUGCCAAGGAGAGGGGAGAUGAGGGCUCUGGUCUGGAACUGCCCCCCAGCCUGCCCCCGCCUCCCCUCAAGCGUAAACGGGGUCGACCCCCCAAGAACAAGUCUCCAGAGCAGCCAAGCCAGGGAGAAGUACAGCUACCACCUGGCACCCACGUGCCCCGCAUUAGUAAGCCAGAGAUCAAGACUCCAGAGCCAUCCUCACCCAAGACAAAAACCCUGGAGCAGCCAUGCAAGGGGGAGACAUGGCCACUGCCUAGCACCCCAAAACCACGUGGCCAGAAGCUGGAACCUAAGGCCCCCGAGCCAGCCUCUCCAAGGAACAAGACAGAGAGCAGUGAGAAUGAUUCCCCCUUGGAGAAGCGCCGGCGGGGCCGGCCCCCGAAGACACAUUGGGUCCCUGCCGCUCCUAGCACUGAAUCACCCCCAAAGCGCAAGCGGGGCCGGCCCCCCAAGAACCCAGCUUCCCCCCGUGUUGAGACACCAGCCCCUCGUCCUGGCUCAACCUCAGACCGCGACACAUCCACUGAGAAGGAGCCGCCCCCACCUGGCCACAAGAGAAGGCGGAGGAGGAAGGAAGAGCCCGGUCCGGCCCCCAGUGAGAGCUCGUCAGAUGGUGAAGAAGCCCGGCCCCUCACCCGGCUGGCCCGGCUCCGGCAGGAAGAGAAGCUGGAAUCAGGCAGUGAGUGCUCGGCCCUGCUUCCAUCCCAGAAUGCAGCCCCUAAGCCAGAGCCAGACGGCACCUCCUCAGGGGAGAGCAGCAUGUCAGAACAGACCCCAGCUCGCUCCACCCGACAGCGGCCAGGCAGCUUGAUGCCACCACUGGAGCAGGAGCAUCAAAGGCGCAAGCGGGGGUGCCUGUCAGAGGGUGGCAAGUCAUCCGGGGCUGCUGGCUCUUCAGAGGAGGAGGGAGGUGGUGAGUCGGAAUCAUCGGCAGAGUUGAGCGGGGAGGAAGGCGAACGGCAGCCCAAGCGCCAACGCCGCCACGCAGCCCGAGCCCCUAGCGGCAGGAGACGGCAGUGCCCCCAGGGCAGCUCGGCUGACCGAAUCCUGCGAAGUGCUGCUGCCACUCCAGCCGGCAAUACUCGCUCAGCUGCUGGCGCCCCCACGCCCUCGGCCACUGCUGCUCCUGCUGCCAUGGUUACCUCCUCGCUAAGUAUCAGAGGCCGAAAGCCCAAAACGUGACCACAGCCUGGGAGAUCCUAGAGUCACUUCCCACUGGGAUAGAUCGGAGCUCACCUACCCACCCACCCCCAUCCCACCCUUCUCGGGCAGCAGUCCAACCAUGCUGGGCUUCCUGCAUCCCUGCCACCCCGUCUGGACUGCUAAACCACUACUUGAACUCGGGAGGGGCUGGUGGCAGAGCUGUCCGAUUUCCCCUUGCCCCAAUACACGCUCGGCUCUGUGGGCACAAGUUAACCCAGCUGCAAGGUGCGGCAGCUUGGGUGACCCUGCUGCUCCGGCCCUGGGGAAGACGUGUCUCGAGAGGGAAGGGGGCUCUGCUCCCUGACAUCAUGGAGCAGGCAAGUGAUGUGUGUGGCUCCCCCUGGUUCUGGGCACGGGGUCAGCUGAGGGCCUGGCUGGAUUGGCCCAGGCGUUACACAUCCUUUUUUAUUUCUAUUGUCUUGCCCAAUCCAGGCCUGGUUCCAAUUUCCACUCCUGCCCCACCAAUGGAGGGAGCUCCCCUCUGAUUUCUAAAAACUCACCCUUUCUUUUUAACUAGCUUGGGUUGGUUUUUAACUGACGCAACCAAAUUGGUGGCCUCCCACUCCUACCUGGGGUUCUCGAUUUCCUUCCUGCUCUUCCAUGCAGGAGCCAUGUUGUCAGGCUGUUGCAGCCAAAUGUGGCCACUGGGGACAGACUGGAACACGGGGUGCAGCAGCCCCGAACACACAGAAGACAUUGUCCUCUUUUUAAUUAUGUACAUUUCAGACUCACAGCUCCAAGGACUCUUGGGGCUCUGAUUGGUUGGACCCUAACCCCUUGACACACACAACCCCCCACCUUUCUCUCUAUGUACAGCCCUUGUUGUAAAAUAGGUUCUUUUGAACAUAAUCUAUGCAAAGGUUAUUUUGUAUAGGGGAGUACACCAUUCCCCCCUCCGUGGCAGGACUGGGGGCAGCAGCUGUUGUCUGAUGGUUGGGGGGGUGAGCGUGUGGUUGGGGCACAGGGGGUGUAGGGACUGGGGGGAGGUGUUCCCAUGGAGCUGUCUUUCCUACUGAAGCAUGUUCAGAACGUGUACAGAGGUCCGAUGUAAUCUUUCUUCAGAAUAAUGCUAUGAAUAAAGUGUUUAAAAAAAAAAAAAAAGAAAAACCAACAGCACA